GGCCAUGUCGUCGGCCGCCGUGGCCGUGGCGGCCGCCUCCCGCCGGCAGUCGUGCUACUUGUGCGACCUGCCCCGCAUGCCGUGGGCCAUGAUCUGGGACUUCACCGAGCCCGUCUGCCGGGGCUGCGUCAACUACGAAGGGGCCGACCGGGUGGAGUUCGUCAUCGACACGGCCCGCCAGCUCAAGCGGGCGCACAGCUUCCAGGAGGGCCGGGGGCCCCCGCCGCCGCCCCCCCACGCCAAGCAGCCGCAGCAGCCGCCCCCGCCGCUGGGCGCCAAGGAGAUGCACGCGGCCGUCGAGGCGGCCUCCCGAGCCCCGCCGCCGCCGCCGCCGCCCCACGAGCGCUACGCCCCGCCGCCGCGCCUGGGCGCCGAGUACGGCCGGCAGGUGAACGGCCUCCCGGUGCCCAACGGCUUCCCCAAGCCCGACGAGCCCCCCGAGCUCAACCGGCAGAGCCCCAACCCGCGGCGGAGCCACCCCGUGCCCCCCACCCUGGUGCCCCUCCUCAACGGCGCCGCCAUCGGCAUCAACAGCCGCGCCGCCCUGGCCGCCAUCUCCGCAGCCCCGACGCCGCUGCAGGGCUCGGGCGCGCAGGGCCCGCCGCAGCAGCAGCAGCCGCCCCCCGGCGACGCGGGGGGGCACAAGCGGCCCGGCUCGGUCUCGUCGUCUAGCAGCGGCGGCGCCAGCGACCUGGACGGCAAGGACAAGGGCGGCCAGCAGCAGCAGCAGGCGGCGGCGUCGUCGGCGCGGGGCUCGGCCGACGCCCUGGACCAGCUGGGGGCGGAGGGCAAGAGCCGCGGGGCGGCGGCGGCGGGGGGCGCCGAGCAGGACUGGGUCAGCAAGCCCAAGACGGUGCGCGACACCCUGCUGGCCAUGCAGCACGGCGGCCACGCGGCCGGGCCCUACGAGGGCAAGUUCAAGAAGGAGGCCGGCAUGGCGGGCGGCAGGCUGCUGGGCUACGAGAGCAACGGGGCCAUGGCCAAGUCAGGGGCUCGGGCAGCAAGGAAGAGAAAGCCUUCUCCAGAGCCAGAAGGGGAAGCUGGACCUCCUAAAAUCAAUGGCGAGGCGCAACCGUGGUUACCAACCUCAUCGGAAGGGAUGAAAAUAACAAUGGCCGCUGCGUCUUUCAUGAACCCACCUCCGCCCACUGCUUCGCCUCAUUCUAACCGGACCACGCCACCCGAGGCAGUCCAGAACGGCCAGUCCCCUAUGGCGGCGCUCAUUUUAGUCGCAGACAAUGCCGGGGGGAACCAUGCCUCCAAAGAUGCCAACCAGGUUCACUCUACCACAAGGAGGAAUAGCAGUAGUCCGCCCUCUCCGUCUGUGAACCAAAGAAGGCUGGGCCCGAGCAGGGAGGUGUCGAGCCAAGGGGCCAAUGCCGGAGGGAUGGAGCCAGUGCACCCAGCCAGUCUCCCGGACUCUUCUCUGGCCGCCAGCGUCCCUCUGUGUUGCACCCUGUGCCACGAGCGCUUGGAAGACACCCACUUUGUGCAGUGCCCUUCUGUCCCGUCCCACAAGUUUUGCUUCCCUUGCUCCAGACAAAGCAUCAAACAGCAAGGCGCCAGUGGGGAGGUGUAUUGUCCCAGUGGGGAGAAGUGCCCUCUGGUGGGUUCCAAUGUCCCUUGGGCCUUCAUGCAGGGCGAGAUUGCGACCAUUCUUGCGGGUGACGUGAAAGUGAAAAAAGAGAGGGACUCGUGACUUUCCCAGUUUCUCAGAGCAACAUCCCCCCUUUAACUAAAACUGCUUGAAUUGUAUAUAUCUAUAAAUAUCUAUAUAUAUAAAUAUAUAUAUAUAUAUAUAUCUCCAAGACAAGGGAAAUGUAGACUUCAUAAAACAUGGCUGUAUAAUUUUGAUUUCUUUUUUUGUUUUUUUAAAUACAUUGUGUUUCUAUAUUUUUGGAGACAAAAGGUAUGUACUUAUGAAAGCAUUUCCUUUUUUUGUUUUUGUUUUAGCAACUCUUUGUUGUGGUUCCUUGGUGACAGUUACUGUUCAGUGUAGGCUGUGACUUGGGCUGCUUUUUCUACAGAGCACUUAGCAAACAAGAAAUGCUUCUAGCUGUAUUUGUAUGCACUUGUUUCCCCCCUCCCUUUUUUUUAAAUGCCAAAUACAUCUUCUGACAUUGUAACAA